GCAGAGGGGCGGGGCGGGCGCGGCUGGCUGCUCGCUGCGGCCUCGGGCGGGCCGGCUGCUGUGUGUGUGAGUGUGUGCGAGCGUCGGAGGCGGCCGCGUCCAUUACGCUACGAUGAGGCAUCUGCUGCCGCUGCUGCUGCUGCUGCUGGCGGCGGCGGUUCGGAACGACGCCUCGAACAACCUGGGCGGCGUGCCGAGCAAGCGGCUGAAGAUGCAGUACGCCACGGGCCCGCUGCUCAAGUUCCAGAUCUGCGUUUCCUGAGGUUACAGGCGGGUGUUUGAGGAGUACAUGCGGGUUAUCAGCCAGCGGUACCCAGACAUCCGCAUUGAAGGAGAAAAUUACCUCCCUCAACCAAUAUAUAGACACAUAGCAUCUUUCCUGUCAGUCUUCAAAUUAGUAUUAAUAGGCUUAAUAAUCGUUGGCAAGGAUCCUUUUGCUUUCUUUGGCAUGCAAGCUCCUAGCAUCUGGCAGUGGGGCCAAGAAAAUAAGAUCUACGCAUGUAUGAUGGUUUUCUUCUUGAGCAAUAUGAUUGAGAACCAGUGUAUGUCAACAGGAGCAUUUGAGAUCACUUUAAAUGAUGUACCUGUUUGGUCUAAGCUGGAAUCUGGUCACCUUCCAUCCAUGCAACAGCUCGUUCAAAUUCUUGACAAUGAAAUGAAGCUUAAUGUGCAUAUGGAUUCAAUCCCACACCAUCGAUCAUAGCCCCACCUAUCAGCACUGGAAACUCUUUUACAUUAAGGGAUUUUUGCAAGAGCAGCGUGACUGACAUCAUGAAGGCCUGCACUGAAGACAGCCCGCUGUUAGUGCAGACCAGAUGCUUUCUUGGCAGGCUCGUUGUACCUCUUGGAAAACCUCAAUGCAAGACAGUUUUUCAGUGCUGCUACAUUUUGGAAUUCUGCACAUUCGUGGAGUGCAAUAAUACUGUAUAGCUUUUUUUUCCUUCCCCAAAUCUACUCAGUUAAUAGUUUUUUAAAAUGUGACAUUACUACUUAUACCUUUUCUUUCUUAGUCAUAAAUAUUCUACUUUUACAUUUUAAUUUUGUUUUGAAAGAUGUCUGUUUAAAUCUGUUGUAAUUUUAUAUGAAUUUUCUUUUUUAUAGUUUAAAACCAAUCUUUUUGGGAAUAUAAUUGAAGUUACCAAAUACUUCAUAAGAAUUUAUCAGACAUCUCUAAUUUGGUCAUAUCCAAUUCAUGGUUUUCGAAAUACUAUAGAUUGUGAACAGUGCAUUAUACAAGAUUAUGGGGGGAUUCUAUAUCCAGAGUACUCUACCAAUUUGUGUGUGUGCGUGUGUGUGCGUGCAUAUAUGACUACCAGAGAACUACUAAAGACCAACCGCUUUUUCAAUCCUCGUGUAGUCCAAGUGUCUUGCCUUGACCAAUCUAAUAAGUUGAUUAACUGGGUCUUUAUACUUAACCCAGUACAAAAUUAAGCAGGUGUAAGUUAAAUAAAAUGUUUAAAUUUA